AUAAAAAUAGAUAAACACAAAUAGCAACGGAAAAUAUUGGUGUAUGGCCGACAGUUUAUAUUGGGCUUUGUUUAUGUCGGUUAUUAUAAACUAUAAUAUUGUUGUAAAUCCUACGAGCUGGUGUAUAUAAAUCAUUGUAUGAUUGAUAAAGAAAGACAACAAAAUAUACGAUCUUAUCCAGCAAUACUCCUCUUCAUGUUGGAGUGUGAAGAUCAUGAGCGCCCAACUUGGAAAUUAGAUAGAAAAACUGAUCACGACUGCGAGCCUUUGUAAAAGUGUCUGCGAGCUGCUCUCUCGUAAUUCUCCUAUGUCUGGAACAAUAUUGAGCUGCAUGUUUUUAUUUAUGGUGAUGAUCUCAUCAUUUGUGGAGUGUAUCCUUGAAUGCUUCCUUGCUCAUAAUAAAGAUAUCCAAAAGAGGGUUGCUGCACAUAUAAAGCAAAACAAGGAUGAUGAAGAAGAGAAGCUUAUGUUACAAAAGGCAAGAGAGCUCGAUGAUUUUGAUCAGGAAAACCAUAGUGCAAUGCCUCGAAAUAGUGAAAAGAAUCACAACCAAGACAAGAAUGGUUUUCAUGGGGCAAACAGUGUGAAGACAACUUUCUUUGAAAAAGAAGCGCUUAGGAUGAUGAAAGCCUUCUGGCUCCCAUCAGCUACACCAGCAACUUCAGUCAGAAUAGAUGCUCCAGAAACUCACACGGCGUGUCUAGAGGGCAAAAAGAAGCUCAAGCUUAAGAAUCUCUUUACAAUUCGUUUCACACAAGACAAUAGCGAAGAGGAUGAAAACAAGACGAAAUCUUCAUCGUCAAGCUCUUAUAAACAAAACCCAAUAUAAACUGUCGGUCCAUACACCAACAGAAGGACAAAAUUAUUUUACAUUUGAUUUGUUUCUUUACAUUGAAAAAUUUAUGUUACAAAUAAGUUAAUAUAUAUAUAUGUAAAAGUGAAAUUUGUCUUUGAAA